CAUGGUACAGGAGAUGACCAGAGACUGCAGACAUGGUACAGGAGAUGACCAGAGACUGCGGACAUGGUACAGGAGAUGACCAGAGACUGCGGAGAUGGUACAGGAGAUGACCAGAGACUGCGGACAUGGUACAGGGGAUGACCAGAGACUGUGGACACGUGGGAGGGCGGGUGGGUACCCAAAUUUGACAGGUACCCACUCCCAUUGCGAUUGCCUAGGCGAUCUGAAGCGGAAGUUGUCCUCCUCCUCCCAUCCCCUCCCCGUAGUCUUCCUGGGACACAUGACAGGACCCACAGAAGACUACUGGGCCAUUCACAAAGUGUAGCGCUUCUCGGCAUGUGCAGUGGGCACCCUGCUGUGAAGCCGCUAUCACAGCCGGGGAAAGAUGACGGCCUGUGAAACCAGCGGUGGUGAGGACACCGCUGUACUGAAGGACAGGGA